GAGGCGGGUUCUGCGCCGCCAUGUCGCGGAGGCUGCUGCCCCGGGCGGAGAAGCGGCGUCGGCGGCUGGAGCAGAGGCAGCAGCCGGACGAGCAGCGGAGGCGGUCGGGAGCGAUGGUGAAGAUGGCGGCGGCGGGCGGCGGAGGCGGCGGUGGCCGCUACUACGGCGGCGGCAGUGAGGGCGGCCGAGCCCCUAAGCGGCUCAAGACGGACAACGCUGGCGACCAGCACGGAGGCGGCGGCGGCGGCGGUGGAGGAGCCGGGGCGGCGGGUGGCGGCGGCGGGGAGAACUACGAUGACCCACACAAAACCCCUGCCUCCCCAGUUGUCCACAUCAGGGGCCUGAUUGACGGUGUGGUGGAAGCUGACCUUGUAGAGGCCUUGCAGGAAUUUGGACCCAUCAGCUAUGUGGUAGUAAUGCCUAAAAAGAGACAAGCGUUGGUGGAGUUUGAAGACGUGUUGGGGGCUUGCAACGCUGUGAACUACGCAGCCGACAACCAAAUCUACAUUGCUGGCCACCCAGCUUUUGUCAAUUACUCUACCAGCCAGAAGAUCUCCCGCCCCGGGGACUCAGAUGACUCCCGGAGCGUCAACAGUGUGCUUCUCUUUACCAUCCUGAACCCGAUUUAUUCCAUUACCACGGAUGUUCUUUACACUAUCUGCAACCCUUGUGGUCCUGUCCAGAGAAUUGUUAUUUUCCGGAAGAAUGGAGUCCAGGCCAUGGUGGAAUUUGAUUCUGUGCAGAGUGCCCAGCGGGCCAAGGCCUCGCUCAAUGGGGCUGACAUUUACUCAGGCUGUUGCACUCUGAAGAUCGAAUACGCGAAGCCCACACGCUUGAAUGUGUUCAAGAAUGAUCAGGAUACUUGGGACUACACAAACCCCAAUCUCAGUGGACAAGGUGAUCCUGGCAGCAACCCUAACAAACGCCAGAGACAGCCCCCUCUCCUGGGAGAUCACCCCGCAGAAUAUGGAGGGCCCCACGGUGGGUACCACAGCCAUUACCAUGAUGAGGGCUACGGGCCCCCCCCACCUCACUACGAAGGGAGAAGGAUGGGCCCACCAGUGGGGGGUCACCGUCGGGGCCCAAGUCGCUACGGCCCCCAGUAUGGGCACCCCCCACCCCCUCCCCCACCACCCGAGUAUGGCCCCCACGCCGACAGCCCUGUGCUCAUGGUCUAUGGCUUGGAUCAAUCUAAGAUGAACUGUGAUCGGGUCUUCAAUGUCUUCUGCUUGUAUGGCAAUGUGGAGAAGGUGAAAUUCAUGAAAAGCAAGCCGGGGGCUGCCAUGGUGGAGAUGGCUGAUGGCUAUGCUGUGGACCGGGCCAUUACUCACCUCAACAACAAUUUCAUGUUCGGGCAGAAGCUGAAUGUCUGUGUCUCCAAGCAACCGGCCAUCAUGCCCGGGCAGUCCUACGGGCUAGAAGACGGGUCCUGCAGUUAUAAAGACUUCAGCGAAUCCAGGAACAAUCGGUUCUCUACUCCAGAGCAGGCAGCCAAGAACCGCAUCCAGCACCCUAGCAACGUGCUACACUUCUUCAAUGCCCCUCUGGAGGUGACUGAGGAGAACUUCUUCGAGAUCUGCGACGAGCUGGGAGUGAAACGGCCAUCUUCUGUGAAAGUAUUCUCAGGCAAAAGUGAACGCAGCUCCUCUGGGCUGCUGGAGUGGGAAUCCAAGAGCGAUGCCCUGGAGACUUUGGGCUUCCUGAAUCAUUACCAGAUGAAAAACCCAAAUGGUCCAUACCCUUACACUCUGAAGUUGUGUUUCUCCACUGCUCAGCACGCCUCCUAAUAGGUGCCCAGGAAGAGUCCCAUCUGAGCAGGAAAACAUUUCUCUUUCCUUUAUGCUGUUUGUUUUGUUUUGUUUCUGGGUUUUUUUUUUUUUUUCUUUUGCAAAAGUUCCUGUAUUCCUUUUUUUUAAAUGCUAGGUUAGUGGGCUUAACCAUAACGGAAACGCUGAAGUCUGGAGGGGGAGGGGAGGGGGACCUGAUAUCUCCCAAGAUUAACCUUCACUUUUUAAAAAAUUAUUGUACAUGUGAUUUUUUUUUUUUUCCUGUUCCUACAUUUGUGCUACCCGUGUACUCUUGGCACAUUUCAAUAAAAUUGUUUGGAAAACAAACAUUGCGCUUA